AUAACAACCCUCCAUCCUCCACCAAUCUCUCAGCCCACACAUGAGAACCUUCCUUAACCUUUCCUCCUACCACCGCGCAACUACUCGAGCCUUUACCACAACCGCACGCGCAAUGGGUGUCCAGAAGACGAUUCUCCAAGAGGGCAACGGCCCCAGCCCGCAAAAGGGCGACCAGGUCACCAUGGAGUACACAGGCUGGCUCAAGACGGCGGACAACGGCAAGGGCAAGCAGUUCGACAGCACAACCGGUCGUGGUCCGUUCAAGACACCCAUCGGUGUUGGCCGCGUCAUCAAGGGCUGGGAUGAGGGCGUUGUGCAGAUGAAGCUUGGCGAGAAGGCAAGGCUGGACAUCAGCUCCGACUUUGCUUACGGCGACCAAGAGUUCCCCGGUCUGAUUCCUCCUCACUCUGACCUCAUCUUCGAGGUUGAGCUCAAGAAGAUCAACUAGGCGAUGACAUUCCCACUGGCGACUUGGACUCCUACAGUCCGAUUGCAUGGUAGCAGGGAAACUUGCGCUUCAUCUAGCACAUAGGAGCCAUGAAUACAGAUGACAAUUUCAACCAAACCACU